CUCAAGACCAAAAUCAUGAGCAAAAACAAAGUGCGACGUUUUGUUUGAUAGAUUUCAGUGCAAGAUCAGCAGCAUGUGACAAAGAGGCAGGUGCUUGGUUUUAAUCUAAAAUGUAGAGACACGGGCACCACAAUCACAUUCGAUUCAGCAGAAACUACUACACGUAGGCAAAAAACAGCAACAACCAAGCAACCGAAAUGGUAAAUUUCUCUUCGAUAGAAGCUGGCGUGUUGCACGAGUGGGACCAGGGGGAGCAGCUUAUGCUCCGCGACGAAAUUGAGCAUAUGGAGGGCAGGGCGGUUACUUCGUGGGCCGACUUGCGCAAAAACUACGUGACCUUCAUGAUUGCGAAGGCCCUCGAGGAUCUCGAUCGUCCGAUCUGUCCGUUUCCUGAAGUCGCCACCGUGUGGCGUGCGCACUUGCUGAACACCUGCGAGUAUCGCAAGUUUGAGACUUUAGUUUUGCGCAAGUCGGGCAGUACUAGAUCACACCUGGACCACAGCACGCGUGUGAUUCAUGCCGCUGCUCAGCGAGCGCGUCGGCAAAACUUUCUCGAUAUGGUGGACGCAUCAAAUACUGGUCGUCAAAGUACUGAGCCACAGUCAGCUACUCUGGCGAUACAAAACCAACGAAAUCGGUCCCGAUCGCCGCUAGCGCGUCGCGAAGGAACGGGCACCGUCAUGGCCGAAGACGACGAGUCCGCGCAACCAGCUGGUACCGACUGAGAUCAUAAAGUUAAAGACGAAAUAGUAUACACAUUGUUCAUGUUUCAGGUGCGCCAUGGGGAGAAGAUCAGAAAUAUAUCCAAUGAAGAAAAACCUCAAAUCGCAUCAGAGCACGACAAAAUAAAUCUUGGACAGGCACGACAGACGACGUCCCUCGUGGCGACUUAGAUUCUCGCAGUAGACCACGACCAGAAACUCCUUUAACACACUUCAACAUUUUUUUGACUGCUGAAAAUUUUUCUUACCCUGGUGGCAGACGAACGUGUGUGAUUCAAGUGCACAACUGGUGGACGGUUUCUGACGUCAAGCACAAGCUGAUGCUCCUAAAAUCGGAAUCCUUGCCGCCAUCAUUACACCAGUUUGGAUUGCGGAAGGGCUACAACAGAGUACUCGACGAAGAUCGACCUCUCGGAAAGCGAGAGCGAAACGACGAGCUGCAGGCACGAGAUGCAUCUUCGAGAACCCUUGCGGAAUGCGGCAUUGAAGAAAUGGACACACUCUACGUGUUUAUCAGAUUUUCCAGACUACCCCCCAGAAGCACAAGGUCUUCAACCCUCGAAUCGGUCUGUAAGCCGGCUUCAAAAUAGAAAGAAGCAUACUUUUUGUGACAAUCUGCAUUGAUGAUUGCCAACUGCAGUCCCUGCAGGAUUGCCUUUUUGUCUGUCUCACGCUUUGUGCGAAUAAACUCAUCGCAUUCCUCGCAGCUCAUUUUCAUUUAGCACCGUCCUGAUUUUUGCCUGCUGCUGUUGAGAAGACGAAAUUAUCGUUCGUGAUGCUUGCAGCUCACUUCGAACUUGGGGACCAUCGUUCUAAGAAAGGGGCCGUGUCAACGUCAUCAAAUGAUACCGAGGGAGUGUCGUUCCCCAGUCAACAUCGUGGUCGUCGAUUCUCUUCUC